GUACAAAACAUCAAAGUCAAGCGUCAGAUUGGCGGGCUACGCGGUGGAAUCACUGGGUUUCUACUUGGCAUGACCCUUGCUGGUGCAUUGGGAUACGCUUACCUCCUUGAAGACUAUGAGCGUGCGAGCCAGCGGCUGCACACAUCGGUGGAUAGUCUCAGCGAAUCGACAGGAACCGUGACGGAACAUGUACGGCGUAUCACACUGGCAGAGCGUGAAUUGGAGCGUAUGAAGAGGGAUAUGCCUACGCGGCAGGAGAUGCAGCUGCUACGACAAGAAAUGCACAAGAUUUAUGCGGGUGCGCAUGCAGAGGUGUUGGAUUUACGAGGACAACUC